GUAAUUGAUUCCAAUCACGUACACGUAGUUUACUCUCGAAAAAACAUGUUGGUGGGACGAUAGUACGUGCAACUGCGGUAAUAGCCUCUACGUUGGAAAUAGUACAUCAAUCAUAGCAUCUGAAAGUGUUCUCAAAAAAAUUCGUGAGAUUCAUCGUCCGGUUGAAUCAUUGAAAAACACGCUCAGUACGCUAGAUAACCUGAAAAUGCACCUGCUUUUUAGAAUACCGUAAGAACAAGCAAGUAUUCGAUAGCAAAAAAAAUCGAAUCUUCAUCAACCAGCAAUCUAAAACAUGUUUUCGGAUGUGGCCUGCACUGCGAAUGAGGUCGUUCAUCAUAUCGAAUCGUUAUGUGGACAACGUUCCAAAGUGUACAGGCAUAGGAUCGAUAGCCCGUCAAGAGAACACAAAGGAAAUGACAGCGAGGGAAGCGAUAGCUCACCGACUUCCAAACUGCAAAGAGGACGUCUUAAAUGCUUGCGGUCAAAUUCAAUACUUUCUUCGGCGAGUUCCGGUUUGUCGUUGUCCGAUCACAGCCACAAUCACGAUCUCGGCGUGCAGGACAGUAUGAACUGCAAUCGAGCGAACAUGCCCAACAAAAUUACGGGUGAAAUGGGUUUGCAGAUCACCUUUACCCAGGACGAGAAAUACGAGCUCGCUCUUCAAUACCAGGAUGAUCGCCAUUACCGAUACAUCCAUCCGAAUGUCUUUGGUCCAGCUUGUAUGUCGAACGUCCGACGGAUGGGGGGCGGUGGAUCUGGUGUUGCCGUUUUCUGUGGUAAGCAUUCGGAAUUGGGUGAUAUUGUUAUGAAACACGGAGGCUUCGAUGACAUGAAAGAAUUGUUUGCUCUGUCGAAGAUAUCUACGGAACUGAAGACACGAGGUGGUCUUCCCACCAACGAGUCUUCUCCCGCUUCCAAUGCCGCUCGGUCGAUUAUAGCUUGCCUCCCCGAAUUCAAAAUGGUUUACAUCAGCCCCCAGCACCUUGAGUUCAAGGAAAGGGCGCUCUGGGGAAAACUCAAAAAGCUUAUAAAAUUUGGCAACUUGGUUUCGAAGAUCAGCAACGAGAAACAACCCGAAGGUUCAUUUGCGACUUUGAUUUCAAAGAUGAAACACGCAGACGAAAAUGCUUCGCAUAAUUCGCAAACUCAAACGCCAAAGAGACCUUCGCUGGUGAGUUUGGACGAUAGCGCAUUCUUGAGCAAGGGAACGAGCAUCCGUAUCUAUGAAGGCGAACACAACGAUGCCGAGGUAUACCUUGAUGCCAAGGAUCGGAAACAAAAACCAUCUUUGGUAUUUGUCGUGCCAAAAAAACGCAUCAAAACAAUACAUCCGACUUCUAUAGAAUUGGAAUGCGCCCCUGAAUUUGACCCUCUUCAACAAAUCUAUGAUGGUCUUUAUCCAAUGAUGACGAAGCAUCUCUUCAAAUUUACUCUGGCACAAAAAAGGAUCGGAGGGGAGUGGGCCAAGACGGGAAACCAAUGGUUGUACGAAGGCAGGCUCGACGGUCUCCUCUUGACCAGUCUGAUAUCGGGAUUUGUCCAAACCGUUCACAAUUUACAGUUGUUAACGAUGCCAGAAGAGGUGGAGGUGGUGGAACAAGUUCGCCGAGAGGUAGAAUCGAUUAAGUCGUCCGACGUGGAGGUCAAGGAAAUCUCGUUGCUCACGGAUCAAUUCAUGGGAAAUGCCAUCAAAAAGAAUUUUGAUCCAGACAAAGGGCGCAUGCGGCUCUUGCGAAGCACCUGCAAAAAAUUUCUACAGCAUAUCCUCCACCUCGAACCAGAAGAACAAUUGCCGGCCAGGUGCAUGGGGAUCCUAGGGGAGGCUACUGCUUCUAUGUCCGAUGUGUUCGUAGGUGCCACAACAGAACCACCUAGGAUCCAUCCGAACAAGGAUUUUUGGAUCACUCUGAUGACCCAAGCCGUUUCCAACCGGAUAGAUAUGAGUCCGAAUGCCACCAAGCGUAUCUGGACGUCUGGGUUAACCGAUGCCGGCAUUCACAAUCUAUUUGUAAGCAUGGACCACCUUUAUUUCUUCGAUUUGGGGGUUCCACAGCUACAGUCCCUUCCAGGCUUCAUGACAAAAUUUCUCUUCUCCUUUUUCCAUACCCUGGGUAUGCAGGAAGACACAAACAAUAGCGAUAUUUGGGUUUGUAGAUUCGUUCCACAAGACGACAAAUUGGCGCUAACCGCCGAGACGGAGAACCUCCUUGCAGGGGCUUAUGAUGCCUUUGAGUUUUCGCUGGACCGUAUCAUCGAUGAAAUAUUUGACGGCGAUCACCAUCUCCGAUGGCUGCUUUUGCAGUACGUAACUCUCCAGUUGCUAUCGGAUGCUUCCUUUUGUUUGCAGCGAUGGAAUAUGAAGGGGGGCGGUCGCCCGAGGGAUGACAACCAUAACCAAGGCCUUGAAAAAUGGUUGUGGAGAGCCCUGUGGGAUAUGUACGUGGCGUAUGAUAUAAACUCCAGCGAAGCAUGGGAGAGAUUUCAGGUCGAGCAUCCCAGCUGUGAGGAGUCGAGGACUUCCAUCGGAGACGACAUUCGCAAAAGCAUGGCACGCUCUAUGUUUGGAUCGGAGUUCUUUGAGCUCCAAUCGGACUCGCUGCGGUGUUUAAUAGACACGAUCGACGACGAAAAGGAGGAAGAGGAAGAAAAGGACGAAAUAAAUGCCGAAAGUACUCGCUCUCGCCUACGAAAGAGAUUGUCGAAACCAAGGCACGCUAAUCCGAGACAGAGGCGAUGGACAUCGGAAAGCCUUGAGAAGAGUUCCCUUCGGCAGCUGACGGCCGCUACGUUUGACUAUCACGAUGACGUACCCGGGGUUGAACACUCGGAUCUCGAUUCAUCUUCUUACGACGACGACGACGACGACAGUUCAUCACUGCCAGCAGAUCUCGAACUUCCCGAAAAACACAACAUGACUUCGGUGAAAACGUACGUAUCCAUGGAUUCCGUAUUGGAAAAGAACGAGGAAUAGCAUCAACGAUUGGGAAAAAAGAAUGAAUUUUUUGGGAUCUUGCUAUGCCUCGUUCGAUCGCAUCGGACCUGUGCGAAACGAGCACCGCAACGGACUACUCAAUUCCAAUACUAGAAAGGACCGGAGAAGUACAACGGACUCACGCGAAUCGAACGAAACAAGAGAUCAAUGCACUCCACACAAUUGCGAGCUACAAAAAUGAUCCAGAAGAAAUAAAUUCUCACCUUCUAGCACCACGAGUACUACUCCUAGCACUUCUACUACGUACGAUAAUCCAAUCAUUGGUAGCCACUGCAUGAUUUAUAUCGUUCGAAUAGCAACAGCCAACCACUUUUGGUAUGUGCAGCAAUGGAUUCGUAUUGAUCGACCCAGUUUUAAAAUAAUACUACAACAUUCGAAGUACUUUUAGUGCUCAUCAAGAGUUUUGUAAUACUGCACUUAAUGCCCGCCUCGGUACGUACCAAAGGGUACGUAUGUACGUACCAAAGGGUAUGCUCGUGUCAUUUCGUGUCACCCGAGAUUUCGGCAGAAUCUUCCGAAAGAUUGUCCCUCCUUUUUUCCGCAUUCUGUUCCCUUCCGUUCCGGAGUGACCAGAAUUGAAAAAGAGGAACACGAGGGGGCAAGCAAGCCAUUGCAUCGUCUACAAGGAGGUGCCAGCAUGGUGUUGCCACGGUUGUUUCGAGAGACCGCCCUGUGGGCGGCUCUGCUGGUCGCUUUUUCGUCUCGAGCCCCCGUUUCGCCGUCACACCCGCCGCAUUGGUGUUCUUUCUUCGUCCUGCCUUGCUGCCUUUCCCUCUCCUUCGAGGGAAGGCCGCCACCAUCUUCGCAGCGAAAGGUGGAGCAGCGCAUCCGCCAGAGGGUGCUGCCUGGGAUAUGGAAACUAACGACGGCUUCCCUGCCCUACGAACUCGACAUUCGGUCCAAGCUAGACAAGCGUUUUUCUACGGAAUCGGGAACCAACGACGAAAGCGGCGACGCAAUCCUCCUCAAGCUGAACGACGACGGGACCUUCAAGCAAUGCAACGAAGGAUAUCGGGAGGGCCGCUGGGUCACGGGGCGCUGGAAAGCACAAGUGGUUGAGAAGGAGGACGGCAACACUCCGGACGACAACAGCAGCAGCAGCAGCAGCAAAAGCAAAAGCAACAAGUGUGUUCUGCUUCUGCUGGCAAUGAAUCGACAAUACUUUGGACCCCCAUACGACGUCUUGCUAGAGGCCAAGAGUGGUGCGGUUGGCAUCGAUGAUGCGGGAACGGUGGUGGAGGGCAAUGGCAACGACAACGAAACGGAAGAAGAAGCGAGGGAAGAAGCCGCAACGACGAGCCUAGAGGAAUCUCUCCAAACAUGGAAGGGGACCGUACAAAAAGGAAAAUUUCUUCGGCCCUCCCCGGGAAAGCACCCGUUCGAUGCCGAUACAAGCACCCGUAUCGAAAGCACGGGUUUCCUAGUGGACAACGAAUCUCUUGGAGCCUUUUCUCUGGAACGGGCACUGUCGGCCGCGUCGAUCAUCAGGCAUGGGCGACGGGGGCAAAGACGAACCGCCGGUGGCGAGGACGACGACAGGGACCGAUUGGAGCGGGGCUCUGAGCCAACCGAACCCGAUCGACAAGGGGGGGAAAGCGACGGUACCUUUUUCCUGCCGCAUUCGUCUUCCGACGACGGGGUCCUCCAGUGACAAACACAGGACGAAACCACUUUUCGAGGACACGAAACUACACCGU